AUGGAAAAGUUCUACAAAGAAAAGGAAGGAAAACCAGAAAACGAAGGAACUGAUGAAGAUGAAGCGAGUACAGAAGAUGAAGGAAAUGCAGAUGAAAAGUCUAAUGCAAAGGGGAAGGCAGCAUGCGAGGGCCAGCUGGAGGGUGAGGGAGGGCCAAAGGAGGAGGGCCACCCCCGGGAUGAGGACAAGUCAGGGAAGCAGGGAAAGUCGUCAGAAGAUGAGGGCCAGCCACCAGGUGAGGGCAAGGCAGAGCCCCAGGGCAAGGCAGGCAGCGAGACGCGUGCCACAGAAAAGCGUCCGGCUGAAGAUUACGUGCCCCGGAAAGCAAAAAGAAAAACCGACCGCGGGACCACGGAUGACUCUCCCAAGAACUCUCGGGAGGACUUACAGGACAGGCAUCUGAGCAGUGAGGAGAUGAUGAGAGAGUGUGCUGAUAUGUCCAGGGCUCAGGAAGAGCUAAGGAAAAAACAGAAAAUGGGAGGAUGUCACUGGAUGCAAAGAGAUGUGCAGGAUGCUUUCUCCCCAAGGGGCCAACGGGGUGUCAAGGGAGUAAGGGGCGGAGGGAGGGGCCAGAAGGACUUAGAAGACGUCCCAUUUGUUUGA